ACUAUUAUAAUUUUAUCAUAGUUAUAAUUUUAACAUUUCUUUCAAUAUUGUCAGUUGUCACGUAAAAUAAUUUUUUGAGCCUAGAGUUUAUCAAAAAUGACUUCUUUAUCCUAUAAAUAUACAAAUAAAGUUUACAUACAUCUACUUUCCCCAGAUCCUACUUGUAAAAUUAUACUGGAUAUAUCGUUAUCGAUAAAGUAUAGAGAGAGAAGGUGACAAUGAAAGAGAUCCCAUAGUACAGUACUUGGUGGGAAUCUAAUUAGCAUAACUAAAACUGAGAGUUGUAUGGGUUUUAUAUACAGCUACAACUAUUAUAUGAUCACUACGUCACAAUAUAUUAAUUAUCAUUGGUUUAUAGUACUUUCAUUAUAGAAUCACUAAGUACAGUUUGAUGCCAAAUAUAAUCCUUUUUCUAAUUAUAAUUUUUUUUUUGUACAAUAUUGUUUUCUCUAGUGUCUAAUUUAACCAUUUAAUAUUUGAAAUUCAAUAUCCUACAACAUAAUUUGGUGUUUUUUAGCUAGUCUUAGCAGUAUUCUCAUAGUUUCAUGUGUUUCGUAUUUCUGUUACUUGCAUGUUAUUUUUUGUGUUUCGAUUAUCUUGUAUUAUGUUGAUAUAAAACUAAUUCUGACUUUAGCUAAUAAGUAACUCGAACCAAAAAACAAUCUAUCUACCCCAUAAAGGCAGGGGAUAAGGUCUCUCGCCCUCCUCAAACUCUACUUGAGAAAUUAUACUGAUGUAUUGUCGUUGUUGUUAUUGUUAACUCAAACUAAACACAAGAUAAAUUUAAUCUCAUUAUUUCUUAACCAAAGCCUCUUAACUAUUUUCUUUGAGCAAAGUAAAAUUGAAAGAAUCAGAUAAUUACUGAGAUGAGCUCAUCUUUAUGUAUUGCCUCAGCAUGUAGAGGAUUUCAGAACUGCACUGUCAUAUCAUAAAAAGUAUACUUAUGAUAUACAACAAUGGCUGCAUGGCUCAUCAUUUUCUUUUGUUCUAUAAAUUGGCUUUUACUAUCUUCACUUCUUAUGCACUCAAUUAACACUGAUCCAUUUUGUUUCAUUACACACUUAGAUCAAGAACUUGCUUUUUCAUUUGCUUCUUGAAAAAAUGUCUUUGAUCAAUGCUAAAUAUUUCACUCUCUUUGUCUUGCUGAUCUGUUUUUUAGUAAUUCAAGAAUCUCAUGGUCUGUCUCUAAAGGAAGUUGCUCCUGUGAAACUCCUAAACAGAAAGGUUUUAGAAAGGCAGUGGGCUGCAUUUGGGAAGGUAUACUACAAGCAUGCAGAGAAGAUCAAUGAGAAGUUUGCUGAUUGGGAGCUAAGAGGAGUUCCAGCUGGUCCUGAUCCAUUGCAUCACAAUGGUGCUAGUCCUAAGAAACCUAAGACUCCAUAAUCAUGCAAUAUUAGUAUUGUUUUAGCUCUAUGUUCAAGUUUUUAGUAAAGGGUAGUAUAUGGUUUCAUCUUUCUGUUUUUGUUGUUUUUGGCCCAAUAGAAAGGAAAAAACAAAAAGAAACGAAAAUGUAAGUAUGGGCUUAGGCUUUAGGCUAGCCAAGUUGGAAUAUUAGGAUUUCAUGUCUCCCUGAUAUGUAUAUAGUUUUCGUUUUUAUUAC